UAGCUGUAUUUCAAAAUGAUACUUAUCUCAAAAGUUAUGAAUAAUCAAGUGAUUUUAUAAUAACUCCUGUUAUAAAUUAAAAAAAAAAAAGGGUUGAAUCAGUACUUUAGCCUAAUGUAUUUGAAGUGAUGAAAGCAGUUGCUACAGUGUUAAGGUGUUUCUGCAACAUUCAGAGAGAAAGAAUGUCUGCUUCACUCUGACUGUUUAAUUUCUUAACGGUGCAAGUUGUUUCCAUAUAAGAAUAAGGUAGCUUGCUGCAAUGGACCCAUUUGAGGCAGCUAAACUUGUGCAUGAGAGAAUCCUGAGAGUUGAACCAGAGCAUGUUACAAGGAAGAUUAUUGGCUAUAUUUACUUGCAAGACUUCCCCAAUCAGGAAAUGAUUCGAUUAGCAUUAGGCCCUGAUACCUUAAUUCACAACGUGAUCCAAAAGGCAAAAAAUGCCCUUAAACUAAACUCAACUUCAAUGUUUUACAAUCCAGUUUCACCUUCUAUAAAUCCAGCACAUAUAGCAGAUCCCCUAAUGCAGUUUGCACACUUUUCACCUCUUUCAUCAUGUUCAGUUUCAUCAGCUUUUGAUGUAGCCUCCUCUUGUUGCGAACCUCAACUGACUGACAAACGUUCUCAGUUAACCGAAAUGCCUUACUCGGACUAUGAGCCUUCGCAACGGUUUCUCCAACUUGAAGAAACAAUGGACUUUGAAAAUUUAAAUUACCAUAGUGAUUACUGCUAUCCAGAAGCAGCCCUAAUCAGGCGCAGCAGAAAUUCUCCAAAUCCGUUUAAAUUUCCAGUUAAGGCUUGCCACUAUUUCAACAAGGGGUUCUGUAAAAAUGGUACUAGCUGUAGGUAUUUUCAUGCUUAUCCAUUUCUGGAGAGCUACCAUCAUAUGGUUGACCCUAAUUUAUGUGAAAAUGGUGAUGAAGAUCAAGUACUUUCACCUGGUUCCCUGGAGAAAUUAGAGCUAGAGAUAACAGAGCUCUUGAAAUCCAAGAAAGGGCAUCCUCUUUCAAUUGCAUCACUGCCCAUGAUGUAUUAUGAGAAGUAUGGGAGAACCCUCCAAGCGGAAGGGUAUCUAACCGAGAGCCAGAGACAUGGUAAAGCUGGUUAUAAUUUGACAAAGCUUCUUGCUCGAUUGAAGUUUGUUCGUCUGAUUGAGAGGCCUCAUGGACAACAUUCUGUAAUACUGGCUGAAGAUGCAGCAAAGUACAUGGACUCUCAUGGUGAAAGAAGUGAUCCCGGUCCUAUUGUUAGCGGUUCACGUCAGAUAUAUUUGACAUUCCUUGCUGAGAGCACUUUUACGGAGGAAGAUGUCUCUGAUUACUUCAACACUUUUGGCCCAGUUCAAGAUGUAAGAAUGCCAUGUCAGCAGAAACGGAUGUUUGGAUUUGUUACCUUCUUCAGUGCAGAUACUGUAAAAUUGGUUUUGUCAACAGGAAAUCCACAUUAUGUGUGUGGUGCUCGCGUUCUUGUCAAACCUUAUAGGGAGAAGUCAAAGCUAUUCGAAAGGAGACACCAGGAGAAAAUGGAGUCACCAAUAUAUUACCAUGUACAUCAUGCUGAUUUGGAUUCUGGGCUACAAGAAAGAUUGGCGUACUCCAGACUGCUAAGGAAGCAUAUAAUGGAAGAGCAAGCCCUUGAACUUGAGUCUAGGCGACUUGCACAGCUGCAGUUGUCGCAAAAAUCCAUGGCCGCUCUGUCCUAUUUCGACGCUUCCAUGGAUGAAUUUAACAUUUCUCAACCAGAACGGUUCAGCCAUCUAUCAGAUGUUCAGAACAGCGGAUACUCGGAUGAAGAUAACCCCAAACAUUCAGGAAGCCAUUGUGCUGAUGAGGAGAGCAAUCAAGGAAACAACCUACCAGACAGUCCAUUCGCAUCUGGAAUAACGAGCAGCAUAUCUCCAGUCAUUUAGGUCCGGUGACACGUUAUAUGGGUAUACUUCGAAGGCAGCAUCUUGAAUUCGAGACAAUGCAAGUCUUUUGUUUCCCUUCUUCAGCUCCGACCCCUUACAUUCACGAAAUUAAAGGCUUUUUGCUGAUGUAGUGCAUAUAGAUAGAGGAAUAUCAGAAGUAGAUCCUCCACACGGCCGGGCUAAAAUAACUUGGCCAAUUAGGAAAUAUGAGAUACACAAAAACGUACAUGUAAGAAAGUUCAUAGGUCUUUUCUCUGCUUUUUCUAGAUGUUAGGCAUAGCAUAGACAAUAGGACACACGUAGUUUUCCUUGGGAAAGAAUGUAAUACUAUAUAACUACUCCCUCCGUCUCUUCUACACGGCCUUUAAAAGACAUUAAUUAGAAGGGAAUUUUUACUAUUUUA